UUAUAACGUGGUUUGUGCAGCAGCAGCAGCAGCAGCAGCAGCAGCUCACUCUGCUGUUGACCGGCUGGAGAGAGAGACCUCCUCCAACUCCUGCACGACACGAUGGACGCUCGACACGCGGCGACGCACUCACCUGGAUCAUGCGUCUGAGAUGAUACCUCCACACGAGACAUGGCACUAGCUGAAAAAAACUCCAGACCAUCUCCUCCCAAGAGGGUCCACGAGCAGCGCGCCCUGCGGCACCAGAGCCUGCCCUCCCCGGCCCUGUGCUGUGCCUGCGGCCUGUGCAUCAUGCUGGCGGGCAUUAACAUCACCCUGGUGGGAGCGUUCGCAUUUGGCACCUUCAUGCCCGCUGGCAACCCCCCCAUCAUCAUCGGGCCCCUCCUCUUGCUGUUGGCACUGGCUUUCUUCACAGGCUGCUGCGUGGUCAGCAGGCGACCCCCGGCCCACAUGGCCGACAUGGCUACAGGGGGCGAGAAGUGGGGGUUGAUGCGGAUGGGGACGGCGGCGUUCGAGAUGGAGACGAGUGAGCACACGCUGCAGGAAACUACGGCCGUCCAGCUCAGCCCCACCAACUCCCCCAGCUCCUCUCACAGGUCCGGCUCCAGCCAUGGGGGCGCCGCCGCUGUGCGUCUGCCCGCCUGUCAGGAUGGAGCCAGUGAGCUUCACAUAUCAGGGAUGUGUGACACAGGAGAUAAGCCCACCUUGACCUCUGACAGCGAGGAGAGCACCCCCACACAGAUGCUGCCAGCCCACAAGACUUCCUCUUCAUAGACUGGACUCGCUGUUUGCUGUUUGCCGUUUGCCGUUUGCCGGAUGAAAGUGUCAGGUGUGAAAAGACUGAUUGGCUUUUUUGUUUUUAAGCCUAGAGAUCAAAAAUCCUUAUAAUUGAGCAGCUGACUCUCAGCCUGUAUAGUCUGUAAUGUGAUGUGUAAUGUGAUGGUAACGUAUUCAGUGUAUAGUUGAACACGUGCUGCUCAGUCCCAUGAUGUCCAGUCACUUGGCAGAAACAGGAGCAGGCGAUGAUUCCUUAAUCCAAGUGUCUGUUUGUGUAUUUUCCCGUGCAAAACACCCAGUCAAGGCAGAUUAUCCUGCAUUCAUGUGGUAUGGAUCAGACGUGGUUAGUGCUCGUCGGCGUAUACGUCGGGGAAAGAAGAUGAGUGUGACCGACCAAGCAGCUUCUCUGAGUCAUGAAGCCGUUCCUGGGUAAGUCCAGUAAAUCUCAGCCACAGGUUUUACACACACUCCGACUGAAUCUAAACAUUUCAUAAAUAAUGCUGACAUUUUAUGUGAUUGUUGACUGAAGUUACUGUAUAUGGUGUAUAAAAAAAGAACCUCUUUA